UCAAGCUGGGUUGAUGUGGGGCUGAUAUCCUUUCAAGCCUGUCUUGCAGGUAGUAAUACAGAAUAUCCGUAGUCCAACCAGUGGAUUUAGUUUUAGUUGAGCUCCCUACCUUUAUCCAGUGGAAUACAAUGGAAUGCUGCUUUGCCCAGUGAGGACUGUACUGGAUGCCGGGGAACUUUGGGUUUAGAAGAGUCACGGGAUUGCCUCUAAGAACUGCUGUCAUGUACGCUGCGUGUGCAGAAUGUAGGUGUACGUCCUAGUGACAGCUAAGCUAGCACAUACUACCCAGAUCUCUAGUCUACUCUACUCUAGGCCAGAGAAGGUGGUCAAAAUCUUCAAGUUCGACCUGUCCACACUGACAACAACCUGAAGAGGCCAGUACUUGCAGAGAAGGUUCCCAGUCAGCGCAGCGCUUGCAACGAGCCGGCUGCCAGCAACGUCGAACAACCUCCCGAGUCCUGCACUUUAGGCUAGCGAGCUGUAGCAGUAGUGCCCAACGUCUAGUGUACAUCGUGUGCAGACUACCGCCGAAUUCUGCACUCUGUACUCUACUGCAAGGCGUUAUAACAGCACAGCCUGACAGGGCAAGAUACAACAGCACACACAGGGCACACACACGCACUCGUACACUUCACGGCGAACACAGAUUGCGCUUCAAGCUUGCAUCACGCCCCGGGGCACAACCUUCUUGCUGGCAGAUGGCGGCCGCGCGCCAGUAAACGGGAUCGACUGCAGGCGAUCCCCAUAUGUACAUAGCAGCUAUCGCUCGCGUCCAAUACGAGCUGGUUGACACCAUCUUGGCAAACCACGGACUGAGUCGGCUGAGAUACCAGGUAAAUCUCCCAACUGCCCAUCCACCGACACAGUUCUGAACAGCCGCUAAGCCUCACUGCUCCAAUCCACACCCCCCACGAUUACCAAUCACCUCCAGCAGUCCUUGUGCGCAGCAAGAUCAACAUCGGCAUGGUGCUCUACCCAUGUCAUUGAGCAACUGAUCCCGAAAACUGAUGCUCAAUCUCUCAGCCGAGCACGCUUACCCUUGUACCCAGCUACAGGAGGAGCACUACUGCGUUUGGCUAUCGGGCACACACAGGGGAAUUACUUGGAGACUUAGUGUUGCUGCUCCAGUUAGCGAAACCAUAACUAGUUUAUCCUGCAUAGAUCUACUGCGGAUGGCGUCAAAGAUGAUUGCCACCAUCAGGGGUUGAGAGAAGCGGCGGCAGCAGUCGAAGACGCGGUCCGGGGCCAACCUAAUUUUCCCAGCGCUGGCUAUUGUGUGCGCAGUCGAUCAUCGGUGCUUGAGACCAUCAAUCAAGCUGAAUUGCUUCAUGUAUUUGAUCUGCUGGCUGCACAACCUUCCGAUCAGCUAACCAGAGAGCUUAUUAGCAUCGCUAUUCUCCUAAUGGCCGUGAAGGUUUGACUCCGAACAUAUUAGCGGCGAGUAUUGUUUCGUUCUGUGAGUUCUUGCCACUUGGUCUGUAUCGGUAUAACACAGCAGCUGCUUCUGCAACAACCCUUAGAAACUCACUGCCUUGUGUCAAAGUUCUAAUUAGUCCGCGGGACGAAAUGAAGAGUUGUUACACGCAAGUAUAGACUGCGGCCUGGUCAGAGUUGAUAGCGCGGCCUUCUGCUUUCCCCUCGGGCGAGAUACCACGCAUCGGAGUGUGUGCGCACAACUAGAUGACUGUCGGACGGAGUGUCUGAGCCCUGGCAAGACGUGGUCACUGGCCUCCAGCUCCAGCAGCCAUGGGCAAAACUCGCAGAGCGUUCUCCGUGUCCGAAAAGCUCAAGGUGGUCAACUGGCAUUUGGCGAAUGGAGAAGUUGUGAAGAAGACCGCCCGAGAGUUCGAUUUGAAUCCCAAACAUGUUAGAGAUUGGCUGCAAAGUCGACCGAUCCUUAUUCAGAAUAAUUUCGGCCCGACGCGAGGAAAGCUGCGUUUGUACAGCGGAAAUCGCGCAGCCUGGCCCAAACUCGACCAAGAGGUUUACCAAUAUUUCACGGCGAGGCGCGCGGCCAGUCUCAAGAUCUCCGACGAUGACCUGAAAGAGUUCGCACUGCAGCGCGCCAGGGAGCAGUGUCUCAGCAAGUUCACGGCCAGUAACGGAUGGCUACGACGCUGGAAGCUCCGCCACGGGGUGCGCGUUCGUCGCGGAGCAAAGCGCACGAUACCAGUGGAGAAAGAAGAGCAGCUGACGGCCUUCUUCGACGCUGUGCAGUCGCUACGAGCGGAGCACAACUGCAGCGAUGAAGCCAUUCUUCUAAUGCAUCAGCUAACGGUCAGUUUCACAAGCUCCCAGCCUCUCCUCUCUGAAGCGGACGGCGACGAUGAGGUCAACGAGAAUGAUGAAUAUGACGCCGAUGAUGAUGCUCCGGAUGCCGUCCAGCGCUCAUACACCUACGCAUUCACCGUAUCACUUGUUGCUAGUGGCAACGGAUUCAAGCACCCGGCCAUCGUUGUGUUCAAGACCAGGCGUCAGUCCACUGCUUCAGGCGCUGUUAGCCACAGUGGCAGUGGUGACGGCUGUGGUGGUUGCUGUGGUGAUGGGGAUGCUACCGGGGUAGCCACGGCGACGACGGCUGCCAUGACAACGGAACAGACGCACAGCGAGGAGCACGGCGAAGAUCAGGAAUGCUUGCAGGGUGUCGAGCACUUGAGGCCUGCAGGUAAUGUCCGCGUAUUCAGUUCCGAGAGUGGAGGGCUGACACCCACCAUUCUAGAUCUGAUCAUCAACUCUCUGGCGCAGCCACAGCAGCAAACCGUCUCCAUGCCGGAUACAGGUCGUCAUGGCAACAAAAUGGCCACCGCCGCAGGUAUAGCCCCCGUAACUGCAGCCGCUGCCAGCUCCAGCGCCACGCCUGUAGUGACACUGCCUUCAGCAUUGCUGAAGAAACACGCCGCACCGCCAUCAUCACCAGCAGCACCAGCACAGCCAAUGCAGCAUAUAGUCUACACCACUUCACCGUCACCCGCAGCAACAGCACAACCUGUACAGCGUAUGGUGUUUGCCGCGACACCCUCGCCAGGCAGGCGCACAUCAUCCGAGCGCCAUUCCAGUUUCUCGUCCUCCACACCGUCACCACCUCUCAGCAACAUCAGCGCCAGUACUCCCACAGCAGGCUAUCCCAAUACUUACCCACACGCACCAGCAAUGGGAGCACCAACGGUACCACAAGCAGCAGGAGCCUUGCCUAGCAUGUCAACCCUGGACUUCUGUUACUCGCCACGUUUGCUGAUUGUGGACAGCAGUCGUGACCAUACGACCGUGUCCUGUCGGCGCGCCGCCAGUAGGGGACAUUUCGACAUGUGUGUUAUACCGGACGGGUGUGUGUCUGUAUUGGAUACAACCAUACACGCCAUCAUACUCAAGCCGUUCAAGGAGGCUCUGCUACGUCACUGGGCGGCCAUGACUCGUGGUUGUCGUGUGGGAUUUGCCCGACAGCAUGAAUCGGCCAUGGUAUCUCCCACAAGAUUACACGCAUCUGCAAGACCACCACCACAUCCAGCAGCAGUAGCAGUAACAGCAUUGCCAGACACCAUCAGCCACCACCACAGCACUGACCGAAGCAGUAUGGCAUACAGCUGUGCUGCUCUAAGAGUACGGACACCUCACCAGCACCACCAAGAUCAUUCGCUAGCACCGUCCACUCGCAACCAGCCGGCCGUUCUGUCAUCCGUACACCACACACCGGCAUCUUCCAUCAACAGCAUCUAUGCCUCAGUGAGCCACACUGCUGCUGCUGCUGCUGCUGCUUCUGCCGAUGACGAUGUUGAUGUUGAUGAUGGCGAUGAUGGAACUGUGGAAACCGGUUAUCAUCAUAGCUCAUCAGCUAGCGAGUCUUCACCCGCCAGUAUGGCAAACAUGCUGGAUCAGCAUAGUGAUCAGCACCGAGAUGACCAACUCAGCGAUGACAUCAGCUGUAGGAAGAGUCGCAGCAAUGGCAGCAGCAGCAGCUAUGGUGGUGCAAGAAAUAAUCAACAUGAUGCAAUGGACUCGUACGACGACGACGAUGAUAACGAUGACGUAAGCGACAGUGACACAUCCGUAAUGAGCACAGCGGCACAAGUGGACGCCGAGGAUUUAGCCGACGAUGAUGACGACAUACGAUCGAGUCGUCAUGUACAUGUGACAACCUCCAUUUCCACCACUGUUGGUACUUCCAGCCGUGCCGCAACACCCGGUGGUCAACCACGCCAUCGAGAGAUGUACUUGCGUGCAGGGAAGCAUGCAGACUCUCCUAUGGAGAACACAGCCACGUCCAGGACAAACCGACGACGAGCAAAUCAUCCAUCCCGCAUCGAGUUGCGACCACCCCCACACUAUCCUCAACAGCAUCACCAGCAGCACCAACAUCAGCAUCAGCCGCGCCCGCAGCACUCGCCACACCCGCAGCACUCGCCGCACCCGCACCCCCAUCAACAACAGGAUCCACACCAGUACCCACCCCAUCAACAACAACAUCAUCAUCAUCAUCAUCGUCAUCAUCAUUAUCCGCAAGGACACCGAGGACUAUCAAGAGAGGGUCAAUGGGAGAAUGUAACCGUGUCUAGUGGUGUUUGUCCUGUGAGUGGAGUUUACAACACUACAUGUGUCCCUGUCUCACCAGUGCUCAGUCCGGCGGCUAGCUCACACACCCUAGCCAGCGGCAGCACCCACAUACUGGAGAGCUCACCGCACACACUAGCCAGCGCCGGUAGCGUAGCCGCUACGCCGUCAAGUCCAUACAGAAGCACCAGUGGCAUGCUGUCACCUGGUUACAGCCUAGUUACCAUGACAACUCUACCCGGCAACGCGCCUAGCAACGCAAGCGGUGGUGAUGUGCGUGGCUCUACACUCACCACUGUACACAACACAACGAUGGACAAUGUUAGUGGUGGGGACGGAGAUAGAGCAGGCAUGAUGACAAUGACCUCGCCAUCUUCACACACUAGAAGACGGAGGGAGAGUGCAGAUCACUAUGCACCGGUCACCUCACCAAGGUACCUGCCUCACUCCGUAGAUGCUAUUCUGCACAGUGAACGGCAAGCAACAGCAGCCACCGCAGCAGCAGCAGCAGCAGGAGCAAGUAAUGCUGCUAUGCACACAUGCAUGCCCCCACAGCAGCAUCGACAGCAACAACCACAACCGCAGCAGCAGCAGCAUAUGCAUCAGGCCAGACAUUUAAGCGGCCCUGUCCCGGUCGCGGGCCGUGGCAAUAUGGUUGUAAUAUUACAACCGGCCCCAGCGCAGCAGCCCUUGCAGCCCUUGCAGCAGCAGCGAGUACCCACAGUACUCAUGUCACCCACCUCAGCUCCACCGCGUGCAGUACACCCGGAGUUUGUUAUGACAACAUCAUCGGCACCAAGAGAGGUCGUCACUGCACCCGACUCACACAUGGUGUCUCCAACACCGCCGAGUAUGCAAGCUAUCUGCGACAUGGUGUCGCGUGCGUGGAGCGACGUCAGCAGUGAGCAUAUAAGGUCCGCGUUCACUUCGUGUGGCAUCACAAGUGCAUGCUCGAUGCCUACCCCCAACACGCGGGGAACAGCCGGGUCGAUGGGUCUCGCCGCAGCUCCCUAUGGUUUCCAUGGCAGCGGGGAUGCUGCUCGCGGACUGAAGAUGGAUCAGCGACAGCAGCGUCAUGUGACACAGCCACAGCUGUUGCUGCCGGCAACCAAUGCCCAUGCCGCUGCUGCUGCCACCUCUUGUCACCAGCACUACGGGUUUUCGGCGGCGGCACACGACGGUAUGCCCCGGCUUGUCACCACAAGCAUGCUACGCCCUGAUCACCCGUAUGCACCGCUGCCACCGUCAGGGAUCAACUCCACAUACCGUGCGGUGGCCGUGGGUGGAAGUCGUAUGGCCGGCCCGCCAGCAAUCGCAGGCCACCGCAGUGCAGCUGGUAUGACCAGUGGUGGCAGUGGCAGUAGCAGCAACGCUCUUUCACAGCAUACCUGUGCUGUUGGCAAUGCAGCGGUGGCGGCGGUGGCGGCCGAGGCUGCAAUGGCGGCCGAGGCUGCAAUGGCGGCCGAGGCUGCAAUGGCUGGUGGCAAGCACCUCAACUUGUCCUUCUCUAGUGACAUGCUGGAUGAGUUGCUGUUGUCACCAUGGGCAUGAAAAGAGAUUGAGUGUCUGCCUGACCGUACGCAGUCUGUACAGAAGCCGUCUUCAAACAACAAGACAGGUGUGUGUACAAUGAGAACACUUGACUGAAUCCACCCCCCCCCCUCCCCUCCCUCCCCUUGAACUUGAUAAUAUUCUAGUCUUCCCUCACUCCCUCGCUUCCCUACCCUGGACUUGAUAAAACCUACGCCCAUGCUUCCUGCCAUAGACUCAAUCAGGUCUGCCCCUGCCUGAAUGUCUUCAUCUGUAGAUUUCUGCCCGCGUCCUUAGGGCAGUUCAGGCAGAUAUUGGCCACAUCCAGUAUUGAACUAUUUCACCAGGGCCAGCGAAAAUGUUUCCUCUCCUUUCCACAUGUGUGCGUGUGUGCUAGUCAGUUUCUUCGUGUGUGUGCUUAUCCAUGUGUGUGUGGGCGUGUAUAUGAUCUCGGCCUGGAUAGGUGUGACAAAUACACCAGCGCUGAGUAACGUGAGCGCCCCCAGUACAUUCAUGUAAUAUUUUUCAUGACUUGACCUGGUGACUGUGUGUUAGGUGAGCUGUUUCAAAUGUUCCUUUCUCUAUCUAUCCUAGUCUACUAUCCUAUUACAACUAAUUUAUGACCUGACUAUGCUAACACAUUGUGAUUGAACUCAGCUAGUGUGACCUGAGGGGUGGUGGCGUUCGUACGGGUGCGCAAAACUCGGCCUCUCGCCGAGUCUGGCGCGAACCGUGAAUUUUUUUUUUAUUCUUUAGUGUGACUUGAAAGUUUGAAUUCUGGCCACCCUUGGCAGCAUGUCCAAGCCUGGUUCCGUUUCCGUCAUUCCUUCUUUGCGAGUUGUAGAAUAGUUUCUUCACCACCAUUGUUCUUUUUUUACGUUGCACUCUUUGCCUCUUUCACGCUUCUCUAUUUGAUCUCACCCUGAGUAUGGAACACAUAUUCAAUUGUGCAGUACACUGUAUUGCAACCCAACAGUUGUGUUUUUAGAGUACGAACCAGAGCAGAGAUUGAUAUAAUUAUUGGUGAAACUUCUUUCGUUUGUAGAAAUGCUGCCUGACUUGU